CGCUGUUCUCAUUUGAAUUUUUCAAUGUUCUUAUUCUCGAAAGGUAAAAUUCUUGAGCGUGUUCUUCCGUUGUCAUCACUGAGAAAGAAUGCCCCGGUGCAAUAAAAAUUCGUCACCGACGUCUUUUGAGCUAGCACUGUCAUUGUCCGUCAUUACUUCAUCUCAGAAAGAAAGUAAAAGUUGAGACACAGACUGCGCAUUCGUGUACUAGAAAACAAUAUGAAAUUGACGAGUAUGAUGGGUCAAACCGCAGCCAUUGCUUUGAUGCUGGUGAAGACAUGCCUUUCAUUUCGUCAUUGUACUUUCCCCGCGCUGCCGUCUCUGGGAUUGAGAGUUGAGGAUCGAGGAAGUCUCAACCCGUUGUUUUAUUCGAAUCAAAAUGGGGAUGAUCCUCAGGAAGACUGGCGAGAUAUCCGUGCUAAACUGGUAAUGCAGUACGACAAAGGAAAUGAUCACACUACUACGAAUAGAAGCAAUACUACAUGCAUGCCACCAAUACCAGGCAUGAAUCGCUGGGCGUAUGAUUCGGGGGAUGUCAUUGAAGUUGGUUCCUUAAUUGUGAGUCACCCAUAUCAGGAUUGGGGAGGACUCAAGAAACAACAUUUUCACAAGUGCAUAAUUCUAGUAAUUGAGCAUUCCCAGGAUGGCACGAAAGGAAUCAUUCUGAAUAGAAAGUUACAGGAUGAACAACACAAGAACUGGAUUUGUCAUUUUGGAGGUGACACCGAAGGAAUCGGUUCGAGCGACGGAUCUCUCGGGUGCUUGUUUCGACUCAACGACUUGUCGCGUGUAAAAAUUGGUAUGGCCUUGUCGAUUUUGAACGAUAUUGCAAUUAUGCCCUUAGACAUCGCACAAUGCCUGGUGGACGAAGAAGAAGCCAAAAAAGAAGAUUUUAGACUCUAUCACGGAUAUUCGGCUUGGGGACCCGGUCAGCUUGAAAAACAAAUUAAGCGAGGCGAUUGGUUUAUGGUGGCAACCGACACCGAGUCUCUAUGGGACAUUAUCGUACAAGAAUCUACUUUUUCGACAGGAACCGACAAGUGGGUACAAAUGAUGAAGCGCAUAGGAAAAGAAUCAUUGAUGAUAUCCUCACCAAACCAAAAAUUUGAAGAUGAUAUGUUAAAGCAAUAUAUGAGAUUGAGGCUACUCAAGAAGUCGAGUAAUGAACUUCAGAGAUCAAAAUCGAGCCGACAGCAAAUGCAUGCAAGGAAGAAAAGCGCUUGUAACCUUUCUCCUGGAACUUUGGUUAGAUCAUCCACUACAAUUUUAUUCGAUGAACAGGUCUUUCACCAGUCACUCGUUCUCAUCUUACAAGACAAUCCAGAGAUGACUAUUGGGGUUGUACUCAAUCGACCACAUUCAACUAGCGUCAGUAUUGGUGGCACGAGCCUACCACUGCGGUACGGGGGAAGAUUUGAAUUGGACGACGAAGGCAUUCCAGAGCUCUGGUUUCACUGUAAUAAUGAAAUUCUUCAAGAGGCAAGGAUUGGAGAACCUGUCUCACAAGAGGGGAAAGCACGCAGUAUCUUUUGGAAAUGCACCAGAAAAGAUGCAGAAACUGCUAUCAAAACAGGAUUGGGACGCGCUGAAGACUUUUUGGUGGUCUCGGGACUGUCGGUGUGGGAGAAGGAAGAGUUGACAAAACAUGCGGGAGAGACAUCUUGUAUAAAGCUCGAUGAUUGCUUUUCCAAAGUUGACGAAAACUCUAUCGACACAAUUUGGAAAUUGCUGAUGGUUCAAGAGCCUUUGAACAAAAGAAAUGCAGCUGAAAAUCUUGAGGCAGCGAAUACCGCGUGGAUGCUUUCGGGCGAUGCGGGUUGGAUGCUUUCCGGUGGUUCAAAACAGUUCAAUUCCCGGGUCAGUUCCGAUUUCGAUAAAAAAGAGCAACAAGUUGUUCAAAGUUUAGCUUAUAGUGCCUUGGACAGAUGGAUUCGUACAUAUUUAUUAAAACAUUGACCUUAUCGAAUACUGCAACGGAUGCAGUAUGAAUCGAUUAUGUGUUAGUGUUCAAAGUUGAGUUUGACUCAUGCAGCCAUUACAGAAUGUUACUAAGAUAAUUUUUGAG